AAAAAAUAUCGUCAGGUGAGGAUUUAAAAAAAAUAAAAUAAAAAUAAAGGAGCAUGUGGUUUGGGGGCUGGUGACUCGUGUCACGUGAUAGCAGUGGCUUCCUUGGCGCCUGUUGAUGAUGCUGCCGAUGCCCCAAGAAGGGAUUGGCCGAGGCGGGCCUCUGAGUCAUGAAAUGCACUCUCCCAGGAACUUGCAGAAGUGUGCGGACGCCUCGGGCAGAGGCGAGGGAGGCUGGGCUUGCGAUGAGUGGUCUCGGCAGACUCUUCGGGAGGGGGAAGAAGGAGAAGGGGCCAACCCCUGAAGAGGCGAUACAGAAACUGAAGGAGACGGAGGCAAUACUGAUCAAGAAGCAGGAGUUUCUGGAGCAGAAGAUUCAACAGGAACUACAAACAGCCAAGAAACAUGGGACCAAGAAUAAGAGAGCUGCCCUACAGGCUUUGCGGAGGAAGAAAAGAUUGGAACAGCAGCUGGCACAAACUGAUGGGACAUUAUCCACCCUGGAGUUUCAGCGUGAGGCCAUUGAGAAUGCCACCACCAAUGCAGAAGUGCUUCGCACCAUGGAGCUUGCUGCCCAUAGCAUGAAGAAAGCCUACCAGGACAUGGACAUUGACAAGGUGGAUGAACUGAUGGGCAACAUCACAGAACAACAGGAGGUGGCCCAGCAGAUCUCUGAUGCCAUUUCUCGGCCUGUGGGCUUUGGAGAUGACGUGGAUGAGGAUGAACUGUUGGAGGAGUUAGAGGAGCUGGAGCAGGAGGAAUUGGCCCGGGAGCUGUUACGUGUGGGCGACAAGGAGGAAGAACCCCCAGUCAAACUGCCCAGUGUACCCUCUACCCAUCUGCCUGCAGGGCCAGCUCCCAAAGCGGAUGAAGAUGAAGAAGCACUAAAGCAGUUGGCUGAGUGGGUAUCCUGAUGAGUCUAGGCUUAUCUUCUGGACGCUGCCUUCGUUGGUCUCUUUUCCUUAAAUGCCAAGUGCUGAGCUAAAGGAACAUAGCCUUUUUGGGGGACCCUGCUGGGUGGUGGUAUUGUCCUGCCUGAGAAAGGGUCUGUUGCCCUCCCAUCCCUGGCUCAACUCUGAAGAAGGAUCUGGGUGCAGGAGGAGCCCCCGGGCUCCCUUCUCCUUGAUAGCAGUUACAGUGCCCUUGCUUUCAAUAAAAUUGGGCAGGUGGAACCCUAGUUCUUAUACUACCUUGUCUGCACUUGAAACUCU